UCGUAUAACCUCAAAACCUAAAGUGAGCGGCUUUCGCCUGUUUCAUGCAGUUUUUGUUUAUAUUAAAAUCUAGAUUGAAGUCAUUCAAAUAAGUUGAAAAAUAUGUCCAACUUCAAUUUAAAUUCAAUUACCGAAGCGUUGGAGGUAUCCCCGGUCAAAACAGGUGUUAGUUUUCUGGGUAAAGGGCUAAAAUGGGAGUCUGAAGCCGGUGCCAAAGCACUAAUCGACGCUAUCGAAGCGUGUGCUAGCCUCCAGUUCCUGAAUCUAGAAGGAAACACGCUUGGCGUGGAAGCGGCCCAGGGCAUAGCUAAAGCUUUAGAGAAACAUCCGGAACUGAAGGAGGCCCUGUUCAAGGAUUUGUUUACAGGUCGCAUGAAAACAGAAAUUCCCAUCGCAUUGAUGGCGCUUGGACAGGGCAUGAUUGUAGCUGGCGCUCAGCUAACUGUUUUGGAUUGUUCCGAUAAUGCGUUGGGACCAAAUGGCAUGACGGGUCUGGUUGAUUUACUGAAAAGUCCGACUUGUUUUACGUUGCGGGAACUCAAAUUAAACAACUGCGGUUUAGGAAUCACCGGUGGAAAGAUGCUAGCAAAAGCAUUGCUCGCAUGUUACGAGGAAAGUUCUAAAAAAGGAAAACCGUUCGCUUUGAGGUUGUUUAUAGCCGGUCGUAACAGGUUGGAGAAUGAUGGCGCUAAAGCUCUUGCGGAAGUAUUUGGUACAGUACAAAGUUUGGAGCAUGUCGAGAUGCCUCAAAAUGGUAUUUAUCAUCCGGGAAUUUCGGCUCUUUCUGAUGCUUUCAAGAAGAACAGCAAUUUGCAAAUUUUAAAUUUGAACGACAAUACGAUCGGUCCGAAGGGCGCUGAAUCGCUGGCAGAAGCUAUUUUCGAUUUACAGUGUCUGAAGGAAAUCAACUUUGGUGACUGCUUGCUCAAGACCAAAGGAGCCAUGUAUCUAGCGGAAGCACUGCAGGACCUUCACAACCAAAUUGAAGUUGUAAACUUUGGUUUCAACGAGAUUGGACCUGAAGGAGGGUAUUCUAUCGCAAAUGCCAUGUAUAAUAAAGACAACAUCAAGUCGAUUAUACUGGACGGAAACCAGUUUGGGCACGACUGCCGGGAGCAGAUAAAGGAAACUCUAGAAGAGUGCGGACGUUUGGAAGCACUGGGACCGUUUGAUGAAGACGAUUCUGAAGGGGAAGAAGAUGACGACGAAGACGAUGAGGAAGAAGAGGAUGAGGAAACAGACGAUGAGGAUGCCGGAGGUGAAUCAGAUCAGGCAGAGGCGGACGAGUCGUACUCGGAUCAACAUGUGACCACCGAGCCGGAAAUAUCACAUUUGCUAACAGAUAAUCAUAAUACCAGUUCGAUUGAUCUCGACGAGUCACUUCCUAACACGGUAGAGUCGUACUGCCGAAUUAAUUAUCCGUCGGAAGGAAUGUUCAACGCCUUAGAAGAACCAAACAAAAUUGAAGCUUUUCGUGAAUAUCUAAAAUCCGUUCCGUCAGAUGAUUAUUUGACACAUCUUGCUUUCACAAUUCUAAAACUUUCGGAAAUUUCCGAGCAUAAUAGUGAGGCACUGGAAGUUUCUGAAGCUCUAAUUGCUGACGCGUAUGACUACGCCAAGAAUAAUAAUAGGUUGAAAAGCCUGCGAAACUUCCUGCUCAUUCAGCUAGGACUACUGAAGUGCGAGGACCAUUCAUUCAAACCCGGAUAUAAUAUGCAAGGUUGCCGCCACGCGCUUAGGAAUGCUAUCAAGAAAAACAUUGUGCCCGAGGAAGAGCAAAACUUUUUUAAUGUGUUCAUGGAGCAUAGGGGCUAGAUGUAAAUUGAUUGUUCGGAAAAUCAUGAAUAGAUGAUUUAAUAUUAUAAAUUAUUUAUAAGUUUGACGUCAUGAAAUUGUUAAGAUUAAGUAAUAUUAGAACAUUCAAGAUUAUUAAACAUAAACAAACAUGCAA